ACCGGUUGCUGCAGGUUCCUGGAUUGAACUUGCAAGACAACCAAGCCUGAGCCCAUUCGUGGACAACUCAUGGCAGAAUCUAGAUCCGGAAAGUACAAUUAUAGGCAGUUUCGCGAUUUGAGUCUCCAGCGACAACAAAUGACUUCACAAGUAAAGAACAUGUAUGCCUCUGUAGUAAAGUAUGGCGGUGGAGGAGACCCAGGUGUAGGCAAACAGGUACUCUGGUGCCAAAAGCGCCAGGACCACACCCUCGUCGUCUUUGAUGACGAUACUGUGGAGAAGUGGCCAUUGGAGGUCGAGGGUGUGGCGAGCAGCAGUGAUUCCGGGAAGGGGGAAGUCACUGCUGUCGUGGUCAACAAGGGAGGAUCACGACCAUCAGUUAAGAAGAAGAAGCCACGCUUGUUCCUAGAGCAUCCCGGGAUUGCGGUCGGGAGGCCAUGGAAAAAGAUGGGCCUAUCACAGGAAACGUGGCAGGAAAGAAUGGAUAAUGCACAAUGCUUGAAGCGUGGUACCCCAGGGCAUGUGAUUGCAUGGUGCCCACUUAUCCGAAACCCAAAAGCGAGCCGCCAGUAGGAGUAGCAUCUGCUCCUACUGAGUCUAAGGGUUUGGAUCAAGAAGAAGGUAAGGCGCCUACUAACCCUUCCAACCCCUUAACUCGCAUAGCAGAGGAUGGUUCUUCUUCGGCCCAUCGUCCAGAAUACCUUGAACCUGUCUUAUGCACUGUUUCUCUGGACGACUCUCUUGACGAGCUUGGUAACGAGUUGUUGGCAUUACGAAGCUUGAGGGCUAAGAAAUCAAAGUCUAAGGGUGAC